AACAGAACGAACGGCAAGGGCACCUGAGGCAGGCUCUCUCUGCGGGACAGAGGAAGCGGAAAGGACUAGGGACAGACGUCUAGAUCUCUGACUCAGAAUGCGGAUAUGUGGUAGGAGACACAGCAAAGACAGCCACACAAACAGAAACCCUACCAAAGGUUAUGAAGGGAGACAGGGAACGGCAGGCCGAUCUGUCCCCGAGGGAAGGACCUUCCGUCCCUAGGCCUGUCCUGCUCCAGACUGAACCCCGCAGCGUCUUCCCAGGGGACACUAGCAGGCCAUGGUCCCCAGCCGCGCUCCCCGCCCGCGCACCCGGCGACAGGUGGUGCGGGCGCCGCCGCCGCUCGCCUGGAAAUGCGAGCUACCUGGACAGUGACAUUUCUGAGAAGUCUCGUUCAGCUUCAGAGGAAGAGAAGAGCCAUGCCCUCGGGGCUUGCCACUGUGCAGAGAAUGCUUUCCAGGAUUCACAGAAAUCCUUAGUCCCCAGCCGUGGGCAAAAGAUGACAUCAGGCACAAAGGCAAAGGUGCCGCUGACGGCAUUGUCCCAGAAAUGGAAACGGGACCGAGAGCAGACUCUGGAGGCAGCUUAUGUACCAGUGGUGGUGGAUCCUCGGGGGCAGAACCCAGACACUAGCAUCAGGUUCAGUUUCUACAACUCACAGUAUUCCAAUUCUCUAAAUCCCUUCUACACCCUGCAGAAGCCCACCUGUGGCUACCUGUACCAAAGAGAAACCGACCACACCCGAAAACGCUUUGAUGUUCCUCCAGCAAACCUGAUCUUGUGGCGCACCUAGGUCUGCGGCAUCUGGAAGUCCCCAUCCUGCACCUUCAUCCUAUGGUCCUGGGUCCCAGAGGGAAAGAUCAUUCCUGCCUGGAGAAGCAGUGUAUACCUGGGCUAGCCAGGUAUGCCGUGACAGCUGAGGGAGGCCUCUUCUCAAUAGCAAUAAACUUUGCCCUUUUCUUUCCUGGCACCUAAAUGGAUAGGGUUGCCACCUGGUGAGUUUAUUCAGAAGGGCCUGGAGAAUUGAAAGGGUUUCCUCUUAGUCCCUGCUUCUCCCAGGGCCAACUGUCAGUCAGUGCUGACCUCAGAAUUCCCAUGGGGCCACACUUCGCUAAGGCUCCUCAAAGCUAAAAACGGCUGCCUGUGUGUGGAUCCUGCUCUCUCUUGAGGUCGUUACCUCAGACUGUAAUAACCGUGAGGGCGUGGAGACAUGCAGAAAAUGAGCACGUUUUUAGUAACUGCUCCUGUAAAAACGACCGUUUGUUUUGUUUUGACAGGGUUUCACACAGUCCAUCCCGGUCUCAAAUUUGUUAUGUAGCUGAGAGUAACUUUUGACCUUCCUGUCUUACCUGUCAAGGACACAGUAGACCACACUCCUGGUCUACUGAGGGGUCGUGCAUGCUAGACAAGCCUACUACGAAUUAAGCUAUGUUCCUAAUUGUUUCUGGCUUUUUUGUUGUUGUUGGUUUUGGGGGUGGGGAAAGACAGAGUCUCUCUGUAUAGCCCUGGCUGUCCUGGAACUCACUAUGUAGGCGAGUCUGGCCUCAAACUCAGAGAGCUGCUGGCCUCUGCUUCCUGAGUGCUGAGAUUAAAGGUGUACACCACCAAGACAGGCUUAUUA